UAAGAUGUGUGUUUUCUCUUCUCCUUCGGUAGUGUUUGAAACAGGGCUCAGAAUCGAGCCACAAACCAUGUCGGAGGCUGGGGUAUGCUUUCUCCUGCUAUCCAUCGUCCACUGCACCGCUAAUCAGCCCUUGACAAGAGUCCAACUCAAUCCUCCUACAACCUUUGAACAGGCAACCCAACCUCCCCCAGUCAAAUGGAACAUCUUUAACGCCAGCUCUUACCCAGAGCUGUUGGAAAACCAGCUCGACGGCAAUGCUGAGUGUCGCAGCAUAAAAUCGCUCAAUGAAUCUCAGUGGUGUUCGUUCGUCCAAACCACGGAUGACUGCAAGACUGACAGUGGCUUCAUAGACUACAUCAAAGGGCUCUGUGGCUUCCCACACAAUCUGCUACCUCUGGCUAUCAUAUUGUAUGUAUUUUGGCUGAUCUAUCUAUUUGCAUUCCUGGGAAUAACAGCUGAGCAUUUCUUUUGUCCUAACCUGGCUGCCAUUUCCUCAAGUCUGAAGCUGUCCCACAAUGUGGCUGGUGUAACUUUUCUUGCUCUGGGUAACGGAGCUCCUGAUGUAUUCAGUGCGGUGGCAGCCUUUUCCGACCCAAGGACAGCGAGUCUGGCAAUCGGAGCCUUGAUUGGUGCAGGGGUGUUUGUGACCACUGUCGUUGCCGGUAGCGUGGCUUUCACCAGACCUUUUUUGGUGCCUUCGAGACCCUUCCUUCGAGACAUGAUCUUCUACAUGGGUGCUGUCUUCUGGACCUUCCUCAUCCUUUACUUCAGGAAGAUUGACAUAGCCCAGGCACUGGGUUACUUGGGUCUGUAUCUGGCCUAUGUAGUGACUGUGAUUAUAUGCAGCUUCAUCUACCAAAGGCGGAAAAAACAGGAAAACGCUUCUUAUCCUGCCAGGGAAUCGGAAAAUUCCGACUCAGAGGAUUUAGCUCCAGCCUCCAUCAGAGGAUGCAUACAAGAGGAGAGCGAGUAUCAAUCCCUCAUCGAACCGGAAGAAGCCAAAUCCACAAUUUCUAUCAUCUUGAACUCUAUCAACCCUAUUGACUGCAAGAAAUGGAGGAGGAAGUCACUGACCUGGAAGAUCUUGAAGUUUCUAAAGAUGCCAAUUGAGUUUGUGCUACUAAUCUGUAUACCUGUGGUGGACCCGGACCUGGAGAGUCGUAACUGGAAGCGCCCUUUAAACUGCCUUCACAUUGUGACUGGGCCACUAGUCUGUGUCCUCACGUUUAAAGCUGGCUAUUAUGGAUUGAUUUACAUCAAUGGUCAGUUUCCCGUCUGGCUGGUGGUUCUCCUGGUUGGACUGAUUUUAGCACUACUGAUCUUUUUUACUUCAAAGAACGAAGACCCACCAAAGUAUCAUUGUGUGUUCUCCUUUAUUGGGUUCAUGUUCAGCGCUGUUCUGAUUAACACAGCGGCCACAGAAAUAGUCAACCUCCUGCGUACCUUUGGAGUAAUCUUUAACUGGAGCAACAUUGUUCUGGGAUUGACAUUGCUUGCGUGGGGAAACAGUAUUGGAGAUUUAUUCUCCAACACCACAAUUGCUCGCAAGGGAUAUCCACGUAUGGCACUGUCUGCGUGCUUCGGUGGAAUAAUAUUUAAUAUGCUGUUUGGCAUUGGUCUAAGCAGUCUACUUCAGAUGCCCUACAAUAAUUAUGUCCUUACGCUGACGACUGACGGACUCUUGGAUUGGAUUCUUGUUGGUGCUCUUGGCCUCAGUCUUGUUCUGUCAUUUAUCAUGAUUCCGGCUCAGGGUUUUCAUCUUAGAAGAGCGUAUGGGCUUGGUUUGAUCUGUUAUUACCUCAUAUUUAUUAUAAUUGCACUAUUGACUGAAGCCCGCAUAAUACAUGUCAGUUCUUAACCUCAAGAAACUAUUGAGAAUUCCUUAUAACAUGAUGCUGAUGGACAUGGAACUUUUCUUGCACAAAAGACUUCAGUUCACACUGAUACUGUCAGGUGUCUGAAGCACAAUGGGUGAGGAAUACUGUAGUUCCAUUUCAAACAUGUCUUUUUUUGUACUUAAUAUUGUAUUGUCAUUUACUUGGGUGAAAUGUGGGGUUCAAAGUUUUAGCAAAUGGGUGCUUAUGAAGUUUUGGUCCCAUUCACUGAAUGAAGAAUUCAUAAAUGUAACCACAAGAUGAUGGAACCUGUACUAGUUAGUUGGGUUUGUUUUUGGCAGCAUUAGAUUCUCACACUUUCCCCUGGUUUGUACCACACCCCUCCCAAUAUCUUCCACUGCUCCUCAGCUCUGAAACUGAUGAGAGGGUAAGAGAGAAAACUUUGGUUAGUUUUAGUUAAGACAAUACUGGUUCUAAUCACGUUUAAGUCACAAGCUCAGGCUGAUUUUGGAGAUGCGCACAAUCACUUUACACUAAAACUGUCUCUGUAAUGUUGAAUGAAGAAUUGAUCCCCUCUAAGCUUCUUGUGACACCAUGGCAUCUAAUUCCACAAUUUAAGUUUCUCAGUUUAAAACUGAACAAAGGGAUGAUUAAAUAUGGCUACUUUUGCCCUGUUAAGUGUCUGAUGUAUUUGGAAACUUGAAUUUUUUUUCCCCACUGGUAAAAUGAAAACAAACAAACUAUUUUUAUUGUGAACUGUAAUAAAAAGCUUAUUUUU